GAGAAAACGCUAACAAGCUGAAGCUGGGCUUCCUUGUGGUGCAUGACCCCACCUCAAUCUUGCUUUGCCGUUAUGCUCCACAAACUCAUUGGGGAAUAGUCCCAUCGGCAGUGUAUAACCGCUAUUUUCGUGCACUUCGCAUUGAUAACGCCGACUCUUUGACUGACCUUAUUCGUGGGGAUAGCACGGCAUCUUCUUCAUCGUCGUGGUGGUGACGGAUUCGGGCAGCUCUGCGUUAAGGUACUAAAUCAUGUACCAUGGACAUUAAAAAGUGAAGAAUGGCCGCGACAUU